AUGAAAACAAAUUUUACAGAAUAGUAAUAAUAAUUGAAAACGAAAGAAAACUUAAUAAUGAGUUUGAAUUAAGACAAAAACUUAAUCUCUCAGUAAUUAGCUACUUUAAAAUAAGCAAAUCAGCAGUUGGAAUUGAAAAAUUAUUCAUAAGAUUUAUUUUUUUCAACAAAAUUUAAAAAAGAUGACCUUAAACUUUUAGAAAAUGGAAGAAUAGCAUAUGCAAAAAAAAAUGUAUGGUAGGUGUCCAUAUUCGAUAUUACAAAUGCAUCAGCUUUAUGCUUUAUGAUGGUUUAUGCUUUAAAGAUGUCAUUUCUAAUGUAUAGAGGAUAGGUUUCUCAAUUAGGACAUGGAUAUAGUUUAUAUUUAUACAAGUUACUAUGUGAUGUGCAAGGAUGGGUUUAUUUAUUCUCAUCAUGAU